AUGGGUAUUAAAGGGUUGAAUGCGAUUAUUACGGAACACGUUCCAUCUGCAGUUCGUCGAAGUGAUAUUAGGACAUAUUUUGGUCGUAAAGUUGCCAUCGAUGCAUCUAUGUCCCUUUACCAAUUUUUAAUUGCUGUAAGACAGCAAGAUGGUGGCCAACUGACAAACGAAAAUGGUGAAACUACAUCUCAUUUAAUGGGUAUGUUUUAUAGAACUCUAAGAAUGAUUGACAACGGUAUUAAACCAUGCUAUGUUUUUGAUGGUAAACCACCAGUAUUAAAAUCACAUGAAUUAACUAAGAGAUCUGAAAGAAGAGCUGAAACAGAGAAGCAACUAGCGGAAGCACAAGAUAUUGCGGAAAAAAUUAAGCAUGAAAGGAGACUAGUAAAGGUUACCAAAGAACAUAAUGAAGAGGCCAAGAAACUAUUGGGUCUCAUGGGUAUACCUUAUAUUACAGCUCCAUCUGAAGCUGAAGCACAAUGUGCAGAAUUGGCUAAAGCUGGGGUUGUUUAUGCUGCUGCAAGUGAAGAUAUGGAUACACUAUGCUAUAGAGUGCCACAUUUAUUAAGACAUUUGACUUUUUCGGAGGCUAAAAAAGAACCAAUCCAUGAAUUAGAUGUAGAAGUUGUUCUUAGAGGCUUAGAUUUGACUAUUGAACAAUUUAUUGAUUUGGGUAUAAUGCUUGGUUGUGACUAUUGUGAUAGUAUUAGAGGUGUUGGCCCUGUUACGGCUCUAAAAUUGAUUAAAGAAUUUGGAUCUCUAGAAAAAAUUGUAGAACAUUUCUCCGAAGAAAAUGAGCAAAAGGGAGGGAAGAGCAAAUAUAAGAUUCCUGAAAAUUGGCCUUAUAAGGAAGCUAGAGAAUUAUUUACCAAUCCUGACGUUAUUCAAGGUAAGGAUGUUGAGUUAAAAUGGACUCCACCAAAGGAAGAAGAGCUUAUUGAAUUCUUAUGUACUGAAAAAAUGUUUAGUGAAGAUAGAGUUAAAUCAGGGAUUGCAAGAUUAAAGAAAGCUUUGAAAAGCGGUACUCAAGGAAGAUUAGAUGGUUUCUUUAAAGCUGUUCCUAAGACUAAAGAACAAUUAGCAGCAGCAGCUGAAAAACAGAAAAAACUAAAGCAGCAGCAACAACAAAAGAAAAAAACUGGUCGUGUUUCUAAAAGACGUUAG